AUGGGAGGUACUGCCUCCACUUCAAGCGUUACAGUGAAUUUCAUGAUGACUAUUAUAAAUGUCAAAGAUAAAAAAGCGGAGGGGAGGGCUUUGGGGAGCGGGGUCAGUUCACAAAUUUAUCUAUGUUGGGGAAAUCUGGAAGCAAUCCGUGCUUCCCUCAUAUUUCCAAUGCUUACUCAGUCUUGUUGGUUUUAUGCAGAUGUCUGUCGGAAGUUACAAAUGCAGAAAUGGCAACAGGCUAAACUGAUAUUUAAGGCUAAUUUUUUAACUUCAAAAAAGGAAAAAUUUUAUCCAGAAAAGUCGUAUAAUUUUUGGAAAUCCCGUUCCCUGGAGUUCCGCUUCCAUCUUAAGGCUCCACUUCGGUUGCGUUUGGUCCCUUCUCUUGAUCUUCAUCCUUUCAUCUGCAUCAACCUAAUACUAAAACCUCUACUAUGCAGGGUAGAGAAGCCUCCUCUAAGUGACAUCCGAAGGAGAAUCAUAGAGACAUAUGGCUUAGAGAAAGUGGAAAGAAUUUUUUCACUUUCUCACUUGUUUUCAAGCUUCUUCUCAGUUAUUUUGGACCUUGAACAUCACGCAUUUGCCGUCUGGAAGGAGAACACCCGACCUUUGAACUUCGAUCCAACACAGGUUCAACGUCCAAAUCCUACAUCAAUGGUGGGUAGUCCUGCUUACCCUAGAUUUCUUCUAGCUCUUCUUUAUUAUACAAAUAAAGCUCCUCCUCAUUUUGAUAUUAUCCCUCCUUUGCUUAAAUUUAAUUUAAUUAAUUUAAAUUUACUAACAUCAUGCUUGCCAAAAUUUUUUCCAGUUUCUGCUGAACUGAAUAUUGAAUUUUGUCUAAUAAAUGCUUCAUUAAACCACCUUUCAAAGUACAUUCCUGCUAAAGUCCACAUCCUUAGCUUCGAAUUAACCUUUCAAAAAGGAAACAGUUGGAAGCCGUUUGUAGCAUUAAUUCAAGCAUGCACUUAUUAG